GCGGCGCGCGGCGUGCGGCGGUGGGGCGCGCGGCGCCCAUGGGGCUCCUUAAAGGCGCCGGCGCCCGCCCCCCGGCAGGUGUCGGCGGAUGGAAAAGCCGCGCGGGGCUGGAAUGAGCAGGAGGGCCCCGCGAUGGCCGAGGACGCGCUGCCGAGCCCCGGCGGAGCCAUCACCCCGCUGCAGCAGAUGCUAGCGUCCGGGACCGGGGCUCUCCUCACCUCGCUCUUUGUGACGCCCCUGGAUGUGGUGAAGAUCCGGCUGCAGGCCCAGAGGACCCCCUUCUCCAAAGGGAAGUGCUUCCUCUACUGCAACGGGCUCAUGGACCAUCUCUACGUGUGCCAGAACGGCAACGGCUGCACCGCCUGGUACAAGGCCCCCACCCGCUUCACCGGCACGCUGGACGCCUUCGUGAAGAUCACGCGCCACGAGGGCCUCAGGUCUCUGUGGAGCGGCCUGCCCCCCACGCUGGUCAUGGCCGUGCCAGCCACCGUGAUCUACUUCACCACCUACGACCAGCUCCGGGACUACCUGCACGCCCGGACGGGGAGCCGGGGACACCACAUCCCCUUGGUGGCCGGAGCCCUCGCCAGGAUGGGCGCCGUGACGGUGAUCAGCCCCUUGGAGCUCAUCCGCACCAAAAUGCAGUCCCGACAGCUCAGCUACCGGGAGCUGCGCGUCUGCAUCCAGUCCGCCGUGGCUCAGGACGGCUGGCUGUCCCUCUGGAGGGGCUGGGGGCCCACGGUGCUGCGGGACGUCCCCUUCUCAGCUCUCUACUGGUUCAACUACGAGUUGGUGAGGGAAUGGCUCUGCGGGCGGGCUUGCCUGGACGAGGCCACGUUCGCCAUCAGCUUCGCCGCUGGCGCCAUCUCGGGGACGGUAGCGGCCGUGCUGACGCUGCCGUUUGACGUGGUGAAGACCCGGCGGCAGGUCGAGCUGGGGGACAGCGAGGUGCUCCGAGUCCCUGCCUCCACGUCUUCCUCCACCUGGCUCCUCAUGCAGCGGAUCCGAGCGGAGUCCGGCACCCGGGGGCUGUUUGCAGGCUUCCUGCCCCGCAUCAUCAAGGUGGCACCGGCCUGCGCCAUCAUGAUCAGCACCUACGAAUUCGGCAAAAGCUUCUUCCAGAAGCUGAACCAGGAGCAGCAGCGGAGCAGCUUGUAAGCCGGGGCCGGGGCAGGGCGCCGGACGCGGCCGACACCCCUGGGUCACAGCGUCCCGCUGGCUGUGGGGGUGACACCAGCCCAGCUCCCGGCGCCAUGUCCUGGGAGCAGCGACCCGCACUCGGCUAUGCAAAGUGCAAGUGCCUUCACGCCGCGCUCUGCCUCGCCGCUCCGGGCCGCCGCUCGAGCCCAACCGCGGCGGCCGCCGGAGCAGGGCCGGGGACACGGCGCCUGCUGGGAUGCUGGGGGCCUCCCGACCGGCGAGGCUGCGCGGACGCUGCUGCAGGACUCACGGACGCUCCGGCCACUGCGGACUGCUCCCGGUGGCCGACAGAGACCUCGGGGCGGGGGUCUCCGCGUGGCGGUCCGGCUCCAGCCCUGCUCCCGCUCCGUUACGCACAGCGUCCCCUUGCCCCCCCGGCGGGGCUCCGGGGCGCCUCGCACCCCUCUCUGGGCCAGUCCUCCCCACCUCCCUGUCCCUGGUCGGACCCCGUGUGCGGGGGGCAAGCCUCGCUGCUGCUCCGGGGGGCCAGAAAGCGUUUUGGGUACCAGCCUUGGGCCCAUGCCCUGUCCCUCCACUGCGAGGGCCUGCCCUGGCGCGGGCACUGCCCGCCACCCCAGCUCACCAUGGGGGUGUGAGGAGGGAAGUUUCCUCUUAUUUUCUUAAAUAAAAGAAAAUGUUAUUUGUCGCUUA